GAGAGCUGCAAAUUCUGCAUGUUGGCAGCAAUAGCUAUAUAUAGAAGCAAUGCCAAGAAGAACAUGGGGAUGUCUUGGCUUUUUUGCCAAAAAUUUGCACAUCUUUGCCAGCUAUAGUCACAAGUAUUUCUGGUCUAAAUUACAGCUAAUUUUGUUCUUAUCUAUUUUUGGGCAGCGAUUCUAUCGCAAUCUCACCUACUUGCCUGCUACAGUCACCAGUAUCUCGAGUCUCGCAACUGAUUUUGUUCUUAUUUUACCAGGCAGUGACUGAAGAUGGCAGGACAGCUUGUAUUCCUGGUGAUGUGUUUGUCUCUGGAGACGACGGCAUGGGCCCAUCGCUUCACCACCCCAUCGGACCCCAGCACCCUGCACAACAAAGUCGCCAUGUUGGAAAACCACUACGAAGAGCUGCAGAAGAAAUUCCGCAUCCAGACCAACGUUUUCGAGGCCCAGAACCACAAACUGAAGAGCCAGCUGCGAAGCCAGGCCGGCAAGAUCCGUGACCUCCAAGACCGGAACGACCGCCUCGAAAAGGAGCAGCAGCAGAUGCUCAAGACGUUCUCGGAUCUUAGCGCCACGCUCUUCAAGAGCAAGUGGUCGGGGCAGUCCGCCGUCCAGGAGAUCCUGACCACGACCCCUCUGAUUCCGAGAGCAAGCGCUAAUGGGUGGAGCCUGGACCACAUCAUCCAGAACCAGACCAGGAAGAUCGACCAGCUGGAGACAGAGAACAAGAUGCUGAGAGACGUGGUGAACAGGUUGCAGGAGAAAGGCAGCAGCAUGGAGGCCAUGCUCAUCGAAAACAGCGCCCUCAUCGCGCAGCUCCACGUUAACGAUCGCCCGGGAGUUCAGAAGGACCCGUCCAGGAGAGAUGUUUCUAUUGGCAGCUUGGGCAAGCUGGUCGCCUCGCAGAGCGAUGAGAUCAGGACAUUGAGGAGAAGCUUCCACGACGUCAACGAGACGUUGUCGCUGCAAAGACGCCGCCUUACCAGCCUGGGGGACCUCUUCCAGGGGCAAGGCAUGGUCAUCAGCAAGCAGGCGUCGGUGCUGGAAAGCCUGCGCAAAACGGCGAAGGAGCUUGAGGCAGUGGCAGAGAAGCAGGGUGCGGAGGUCGGGCAGACCCAGCGGGAGAUGGAGACCACAAAGCGGGACCUGAGGAUCAUGGACAGACAGGUGCGAGAGCUGGACCUGAAGCACUCCAUGGUCACCACGCAGCUGGGAUGGAAGUACAACCAACUCAAGAACAUGGUCCCUGGAGGAGAGAAACUGCCUCCAUUGGCCAUAGAGAAGGCACAGAGAACCAACAGCCUCCUGUCUCCUUCCUCUUCAUCAUCUUCAUCAGCAUUCAGCACCAGUGACAACGAAGUCAGCACUCAUGACAUGCAAGGUGAUAGACCUACACGUGUGACGAAUGCAGCAAGCAGUUCAGUCAACCUGGUCAUCUGA